CCUGGGGCCGGGGUCGGAGCGGCCCGGGGCGCAGACCCGAGUCGGGGAGCGCGGCGCGAGCGCGAGCCCCGACAGCCGCGGAGGGCGCGCGGACCCCUGGGCUCUCCCGCCCGCCGCUCGCGGCGCGCGGUAUUUUUAUCUGUGCGUGCACAGCCCUCCUCCUCCCCGCCACCCGCAGCCCGCUGGCAGCGCGGCGCCCCGAGCAGCCGGGGGAGCCGAGCCGGGAACGCAGCCCGAGACCCCGCGCGCCAUGGACCCCAAGGACCGCAAGAAGAUCCAGUUCUCUGUGCCCGCGCCCCCCAGCCAGCUCGACCCCCGCCAGGUGGAGAUGAUCAGGCGUCGGAGACCGACCCCUGCCAUGCUGUUCCGGCUCUCAGAGCAUUCCUCACCAGAGGAGGAGGCCUCCCCCCACCAGAGAGCCUCAGGAGAGGGGCACCACCUCAAGUCGAAGAGACCCAACCCCUGUGCCUACACACCCCCCUCGCUGAAAGCUGUGCAGCGCAUUGCUGAGUCUCACCUGCAGUCCAUCAGCAACCUGAGCGAGAACCAGGUCUCGGAGGAGGAGGAUGAGCUGGGGGAGCUGCGGGAGUUGGGCUAUCCAAGAGAGGAAGAGGAAGAAGAGGAGGAAGAAGAGGAUGAAGAGGAGGAAGAGGAGGACAGCCAGGCUGAAAUCCUGAAGGGCAGCAGGGCAUUUGCUGGGCAGAAGGCAACCUGUGGCCAGGGUCUGGAGGGGCUCUGGGAGCGCCCACCCCCUCUGGAUGAACCCCAGAAAGAUGGAAGCUCUGAGGACCACAUGAAAGACCCACCACAAAGUGAGCCUGGGGAGGAGCCGCAGCGCCGGGUCCCCAUCGAGCCUGGCACAUAGGCACUAAGCCCUGCAUCUCCCAGAAGGGAGCAAGUGGAGGGGGCAUCACUGUUCCCCAUAACCGCACUCUAUCCCCACCAUAUUUUGUACCUUUCCCUCACCUGCUAGGGCUGCGGCUUCUGACUUCUAGGAGAAUAAGGCUGGUCUGUGUUUGCUUGUUUGCCCACCUUUGGCUGAUGCCUGGAGUCCCUGGGCACUUGCUGCCUGACACCUACCCCUGCCAGUCGUUCCUCCUUUCACCCAGUGGGAGGUGGGAUGUGAGAGUCUGCAUUGGAUAAUCCAGAAAACCAGGGCCAAGGGUUCACUCUCCACAAUUCUACUUCCCCAGACCCCUUCCCCUGGGCACAGGAGACCACAGGGCAGGACCCUAAGAUCUGGGGAAAGGGGGUACUGAGAACCUUUAGGUGCCGAUAGUUCCUUCUCCAUCCCUUCUCAUAUGAUGGAUUCCAAGUCACUACCCAUCUCACCAGCUUCAACCAGGGCCCAGGACUCAGGCAUCCUUCUUCACAGCCUCAACAUUUUGGAAAUCUUCCCCUUACCACCUCUGCUCCCCAGCCUGGGUGCCUGGAAGAUGGACUGGCAGAGGCCGCUUUGUUGCAUUUUGUUUGUGCUUUGAUGCCAGGAAUGCUGCCUAGUAUAUGUCCUUAUGGGGGCACACAGAGUGGGGAGCCAGGUUCUCCUUGUCCUCCAGCUGCUCUGCCCCCUUUCCUUUCUUCCCUGAUUCCAGGCCUGAAUCCCUCCCGUGCUGGAAUAAAUCUUUGUAAAUAAC